AUGUGCCUGACGGGCGAGAAAACGCCCGAGCGGGCGUCGAACAAGGCACCGGUGAAAUGGAUCAAGAAAUUUCUCGGCGUCGACAAGGAGCGCCUCCACGUCGGUCUCUACGUUCGCGGCAGCGUUCCCAAGAUGCCCGACGGCGAAGAUGAGCAAGUGGCCCUCUCUCACCUCUUGGGCCGCCGGAGCGUGCCGCUGACGCGGCGUGCGCAGGAGGACAUUGUUUCCCGCGGCAGAUCGGUCGAGCCCCUGCGGAAGUGGGUGUAUCUCAACGAUUCGAACAGGGCCGCCACGCUCCUCGUCCGCAUCGUCGUCGGCAAGAUCCACGACCGCGCCCUGCUCGAGAAGAUGCUCGCCGCCGUCCCCAUGCACCCUGAGGACCCGAGCUGGAACUGCGUCCUCUGGACCCACAACGCCUUCCGGGCCGUGGCCGACGACGGCCAAGCGGUGACGCUCGCCACCAAGGACUGGGACUUGGUGCGCCGCUGCGCCAUGGAGUACGUCGAGGCGAAGAAGGACGCCCACCGCUUCGACGGCAAGGACCCCAAGGUCAAGUUUGACCCUUUGAAGCCGGCCACGUGGGAUCUGUUUACCAACGAGGAGCGAAAUGCAUAG